CUAUGUUAGUGAAUAUUAUGAAAGAUGAGUCCAUCCUUUAGAAGAUUACAUCACACUAAGAUGAACUGAUUCAACCUUAUCGGACUGGGUGGCUUACGUAUAGUCACACCCCAGACUAUUGCAGAUUAUUAAUAAAAAGUGACGGACUCGAUUCAUACUACACCUAUUCCCACCGCUGCGACUCCUUUAUAGCCUAGGAUAUACCUACAGCUUGACCGCUAGUAAAAAGUCAACCAUGAAGACCCAGAUUGGUACUUACAUAGAGCUAUUUACAAGUACAUACGUCAUCUUAGGUGUUAUUAACAAACGUUGACCUGGAAGACGCCAACAUUAUGCGAAUGCCCUAUCAUGCUGUCAUGUCAAGUAAAUAAGUUCUCUCUGAGAAAACCAGUAUGAUCUGGUUGUUGAUGUAUGUUUGUAUAAUUACUCCGAGUCAUUAUUGUGGAGUGAUAAAUAAAUGAAAUAUUGUUAUUGCUUACAUUACGUAGGUAUUUACGAAUGAUGCUGAUAUUGGGUGUCGUUAGACGAUAAUAUGAGAUCAUUUAUUUUAAAAAAAAGCUCCAGAGUUAGUAUCGUGUCGUCUCGAGACCUUUCACCUUUUAUUAUAUUGCCAUAUUUAAGUAAGCGUUUUAACGAUCAAAUCUAAAUUGCGUUAUGUUUUGAAAUUAAAGAUUUUCGUGUGUCAAUGUAGGGUCCAUUACGCCCUCGGCCCUCGGGGCCCUAGCUUAGAUUUACACAUGAUAAUAUCCAUAUGGUUCCUUUGGGGACUCUUUAGUUAGCUUCUGCCUGCAGUGUUGUUGCACCAUAAUUUUAAAAACCUUAUUCUGGUGAAAUUCUGGCUCAAAAAGAGAAUCCUAAAAAAUAUUUCCUUUGGAAGAGCAUGAUGGUACAGCACUUCCGAGCUGCUUUAUAACUUUUAUAAAGCAGCUCGGAAUAUCCAUUCAUAAGACUUUUUGGUGUCCCAGGCCCACAAAACAGUUGCGAAAAUGACUAAAUAAAUAUGUAGGUACUUAUUUUGAAAGUAAUUGAUACGCGUUAAAAUAAUUGUUUUCCCUUAGAUUAGCGCGUGUCACUCUUGUUAUUAUAACAAAUCCAGUCAUAGUACACCGUUAAGCGUGCUCAUGUGCUUACGAUUGCUUGUAGCCGAAACAAUAGCAUGUGCUCCUUACUACAACAUCAUUGUUCAACGUGUCAUCGGCCGAUCAUCCGAAACUUCGCAUUCGCGUCCAGUUCGCAGCGUCUUCAACUCGUACGAAACAAUCGACGGAAGUGAUGCUGUAAUGGCAUACCGUUUAUUAGUGGUGUUGUUAAUAAUCUCUCUGCUAGAGACCAACAAAGCGGACAUUACAAAAAUUCAGAAUUCUGGCGGCAAGAGGACCUUAGACGACGUCCACAGCCACCGGCACCACCAGGAUAUGUACCAGGAGAUGAUGCGGGUCAUCCACGAGUCCAAGGAACUGCCUGAUGAGGAUGACACCCGGCUGAGGCGGAUCGUUGGGGAAGAUAAUUUUAAAUUUUUCCAAGGAGGUGUGGGCCGUCGAAGAGGCGGCGGGCAGCUGCGGUCUGCGGUGGGCCGCCGGCGGGCGCGGUCGCAGGCGUUGCGGCGGGAGAAACUCAACAGCCAGGGUCUGAGGAGUCAUAUGCUGCACACAAGGCAGGCUUAUGAUGACAGCCCCGAGGGACAUAAUUAAUUAUAGUUUUCAUGCAAUGUGAAGUUUUAUUUCUAAUGCGGGUCGCAGCACGUGAUAAUAUGGCCUUUUUCAACCUAAGCGGAGAGGAGCUCUAAUCCGUUUCCACUGAUGCUGACUAUGUUGAGCAUCGAGAUGUAUGUAUAUUCGUUGCUGCGAGUAUUUCUUACACACCCGAACCAAUAGAAAAAAGGAAGAUGAU